AUGUACGAUCUCGCCCUCGAUACAGGGUCCGGCCCGGCCUUUGUGGGAUUCGGUCUGCCUCCAGCUUCACUGCUGAAAUUCCCGCCGGACGAGCUGCCGGCCACGGUUCCUGCUCCUCUGCGUGACGAGCCGACAUGGUACCAGCCUUUUAACAUCCCGCCUGGGCUUUACAACCAGUUGCUCGAUAUUCGCGUGCCGAUCACGAUCGCUAGCGUCUACGCCGUUACCGUUGUCAUCCUCAAUCGUGUCAACAAGAGCCGUGGUUACAAACCGUACGCGUUCAGCCAAACCCGGUCUUUCAAGAUCUUCGUUAUCCUGCACAAUGUCUUCUUGGCUGUCUAUUCUGCAUGGACUUUCGCCGGAAUGGUUCGCGCGUUCCGCUACACCUUACCCGCUUGGCAGGAAAACGGCCUCGUGGGCAUUGUCGAUGCGCUGUGCAAGUGCAACGGUCCUCGAGGAUACGGAAACGCGGCCACCUAUGACACAACGAUAAACAAAUGGUCUAUCCAGAACCCUGAAUACAGAUUGGCUGAAGGUGGUGUCCCAGAUUCUACGGACGUUGGCCGCUUGUGGAACCAGGGAUUGGCCUUCCUGGGCUGGAUCUUCUACCUCUCCAAGUUCUACGAAGUGCUGGAUACAGCGAUCAUCCUUGCCAAGGGCAAGAAGAGCUCGACUUUGCAGACUUAUCAUCAUGCCGGUGCUAUGAUGUGCAUGUGGGCCGGUAUCCGCUAUGUUGCGCCACCGAUCUGGAUCUUCACUUUGGUGAACUCUGCGAUCCAUGCGAUGAUGUACACCUACUACACAUUGACGGCGCUCCGCGUCCGCGUUCCCACGAUCGUCAAGCGCUCCCUGACUACCAUGCAAAUCACCCAGUUCGUUAUCGGAUCGGCUAUGGCCGCAUCCUACCUGUUUGUCUACUAUACACUCCCGCCAGUCCGCUUCGUACCUACAACAUCCGCUGCUCCGGUUGUUGCUGCCACCGGUUUGUCUUGGGUUAAGCAAGUUGCCUUCCGCGCCGCAGGUGCAGAAGGUAUUGCCGAGAACGUGGGACACGUCGAAAACAACCUUGGCGCUCCUCGUGAGGUUGUACAACCCGGACCAAUGGUCACUUGCAUGGACACCUCCGGUCAGGGUUUCGCGAUCUACCUCAAUGUUGCUUAUCUUUUGCCCCUGACCUAUCUAUUCGCCCGAUUCUUUGUUCGCUCCUACCUGUACCGUAAGGAACCUGGUCCGCAGGCUACGCACAUUCACGCCGCCGAGAAGGCCGGCCUGGAUGCGCUUAAGGGAGUGAGCCGUGAGAUCCAGAAAGCCGCGGAAAUGAGCGGGGAAACCAGCGAGACCACCGAGGAUGAGGCCAUUGCCAAGUCUCGGUCGACUCGGAGCCACGUACAGGAUACCGUCGACAACUCGCCCAUUCGAACCCGCUCAAGUGCUGCCAAGAAGGCGCGUGCGACUGAGAGUCAGCGAGAGCCAGAACAAGGGUUUUCCACUGUCCCCGCUGGAAAAGGUGCCAAGAGAAUCAGCAAAGAAGAAACACAAAGCGCCGGCGGCCCCGCUGAAGUCAAGACCUCUAACCCCUUUGGAGUUCUGGGCAACUCGAACUAA